AUGGCAACCGCGGAUUUGGCCGAGUCGCCCGAGGGCCAAGGAAAUGGAUGCAAACAGGAGCUCCUAUCCAUCUCCAAUGCUCCUGAUGCAGACUGCCCCCCCUCUCCCCCUCGCACCGCACCCCCCACCAUGAAGUCGGCUCAUUUCUUCGACAUGAUGGACAAAAUGGAGCAGGUGCCAGAAGCUGCCGAGAUGAAGACGAUCCCUCAGAGACAGAAGGACGACUACAUUCCUUAUCCGAGGAUAGAGGAGGUGUUGGAGAGGGGGCCGCCGUACCCUCAGGUCAUCCUGCCUCAGUUCGGAGGUUACUGGAUCGAGGACCCGGAGGCUCCUCCUCCCACCUCCUUAGAGAGCAGGGGCGAGGAGGAGGAGGCUGGAGAGAGACAGGAGGAAGAUACAACCCCAGGGCAUUAUGGGUACCGGCUGGAGGAGAUCAACGAGGCUGCACGGGCGUACAGGAAACACUUUCUGGGCAGGGAGCAUCUAAACUUUUCCUGCUCGGCCAGCAGUCUGGGAAACCUGCUACUGUCAGUGAGACACGAGGAGGACGGAGAACAAGAGCACCUCCAUGUUAUCAUCAGGUGUCGGGUGAAAAGCGUCUACCACAGAUUAUCGCUGACAGAGCUGCCAGACAUCCCGAGCGUACCAGAGCUGGCCAAGCUGCUGUGCGAUGAAGCAGCAGGACUACGAUUCACUCCCGUCCUCUACCCGAAGGCGUCUCGGCUCAUAGUGAACUACGACGAGCACGAUGUGAACAACACCUUCAAGUUUGGAGUGAUCUACCAGAGAUUUGGACAGGUGUCUGAGGAGGAGCUGUUUAGGAACAACGAGGAGACGCCAGCCUUUUCAGAGUUCCUGCAGCUGCUGGGAGAUACAGUGGAGCUGCAGGACUUCAAGGGGUUUCGGGGGGGUCUGGAUGUGUCUCACGGCCAGACGGGGUCUCAGUCCAUCUACACUGUCCACCGACAGCAGGAGAUCAUGUUCCACGUGUCCACCAAACUGCCGUUCACUGAGGGAGACACUCAGCAGCUGCAGCGGAAACGUCACAUAGGAAACGACAUCGUGGCGGUGGUGUUUCAAGAAGAGGCAACGCCCUUCGUCCCCGACAUGAUCGCCUCCAACUUCCUCCACGCUUUCAUCCUGGUGCAGGUGGAGGAGCCCUGCUCCGACAACACCUCCUACAAGGUGUCCGUCACAGCACGUGAGGACGUACCGCCGUUUGGCCCGCCCCUCCCAAAUCCAGCCGUCUUCAAGAAGGGUCAAGAGUUCAGAGAGUUUCUUCUCACCAAACUCAUCAACGCAGAGCUGGCCUGCUACAAGAGCGACCGCUUCGCCCGGCUGGAGGAGCGAACCCGGGCCGCCCUGCUGGACGGCCUCCACGACGAGCUGCAGAGACGCUCCCAGUGCAUGCUGGGAUUGACGUCGGGUCUGGAGGAGGAGGGCCGGGCGGAGAACGGACACGCCCACGGAGGACUGCUGGAGUCCAUCAAGCGGGCGAUGCGAGGGCGGAGUGUCUCCAUGGAAACCAUGUCGCGGGGCGGGGCGGGGCUUCCCACCAGCCUGAGUGGAGGCGGUCUGGCUCACAUCAGCGCCGAGUACAACGUGAAAUCUCCCGUGAAGAGGCGUUCGGGGCUUUUUCCUCGCCUGCUGAGCGUCGACAGCCAAACGGAGAAACACAACCACAGGAGUCUUCUCAGCGAGCAGAGGAGCUUCGACAGCUGCCACCCGAUGCUGGAGGUGAGGCCAGAGCUGCCGUCCAAUCCCAGCUCUCCGGAGGCGGGACAACGGGACAGGAUUCACACGAAGAAGGAGAGCAGCAAGAUUUCCAGGUCGACCUCCAGCACCUGCAGCUUCAGCGUCCCUGCCGACGACACUCACCUGGCUGCCGAGGCCCAGAGCUCCAGUCCGCUGAUCGUCUGUCGCAGCCCGACAGACACGAGAAACAAGAACUCUCCCAGAACCAACCUCAAGUUUCGUUUUGACAAGCUGAGUCACUCGGCAGCACAGGGACACUAGGCUGUGAGGACGGCAGCAGCAGAACGUAAACGGAGGUUCAGCGUCGAUGAACAUCUGAAGCUCACACACACGUGUCUUUCUAUCUCUGUGAGGACCACAAUGUGACCCAAUAGGUUCUCCUCUUUCUGCAGAACUCGUCUGGUUUUACAUUCAUCUGUUUAAGUGUCAGUAAACGUCUCAUGUGAACACCACAGAGCCACGGCUGGAGGCUCCACCUGAAGAAAACACUCGUACCGUUACGUUAAUGAGCAAAAAAAAUCAAUCAUUUAUUUACCUCAGUGAAAAUGUCGACAACA